CGUGCCGGCGGCGCGAUGCUGGUGACCCGCGGGGACCGCGGCGGCGGGGAGCGCGCGCCCUCGCGGCGCCCGCGCUGCGGGCUGAUUCCGGCCGGGGCCGCUGCGCUGCUGGCCGGGGCCAGCUGCUUGUGCUACGGCCGCUCACUGCGGGGCGAGUUUGUGCACGACGACGUGUGGGCGAUCGUGAACAACCCCGACGUGCGGCCCGGGACCCCGCUGCGCUGGGCCGUUUUCGCCAACGACUUCUGGGGCAAAGGCCUGGCGGACAGCACCAGCCACAAGUCCUAUCGGCCGCUGUGCGUGCUGUCCUUCAGGCUAAACAUAUUUCUGACUGGCAUGGACCCUUUCUACUUUCAUGUGGUGAAUGUCAUUCUACACUGCCUGGUGACCCUCGUGCUGAUGUAUACCUGUGAUAAAACAGUCUUCAAGAAUCGUGGACUGGCUUUUGUCACAGCCCUGCUGUUUGCAGUGCACCCGGUCCACACUGAGGCGGUGGCUGGCAUCGUGGGCAGAGCUGAUGUGUUAGCAUGUCUCCUGUUCCUGCUUGCCUUUCUUUCCUACCACAGGAGUCUGGAUCAGGACUGUGCAGGGCAGUGCUUCCCCGCCACGGCUUCUCCCUUCUUCCUGCUGCUCAGCUUGUUUCUGGGGACCUGUGCCAUGCUGGUGAAGGAGACGGGCGUCACUGUGUUUGGAGUGUGUUUGGUGUAUGACCUCUUCUCCCCCUCCCACCAGCAGGACAAGUCGAGCAAUGGGGUGAUCUGUCAGCACAGCUCACAGCAGCCAGGGAACCCCCAACCCUCCUCUCAGCAUGCCCACCCCCACCGUGAGAGCAGAAAGCAGCGCUUCUCACACAAAGAUUCUUGGGGAGGCUGCCAUUCACCACUGCCACCGGAGCCCAAGAGCAGCGGGUUCCCUGUGUCCCCAGGAGCAGUGUGGUCCCUGGUGAGGUGUCUGACAGGAAGCAGCAACGGGAAUUUCCUGCUUACCCUGAGACCGUUUUUAAAACGGGCCAUUUUGGUCGUCAGUUAUGUGACUGUCAUUUUGUAUUUCCGCCUGUGGAUAAUGGGAGGAACUAUGCCCCUCUUCUCAGAGCAGGACAACCCAGCUUCGUUUUCACCUUACAUCCUUACAAGGUUCCUUACCUAUGCCUACCUCCUGGCCUUCAAUGUAUGGCUUCUGCUGGCACCCAUCACCCUGUGCUACGACUGGCAAGUGGGAAGUAUUCCUCUGGUGGAGACCAUAUGGGAUGUGAGGAACCUUGCUACUAUCCUUCUGGCAGUGGUGAUGGCCUUACUGAGCCUACACUGCAUGGCAGCCUUCAAGAGGCUGGAGCACAAGGAAGUGUUGGCCGGCUUGCUGUUCCUCGUGUUCCCGUUCAUUCCAGCCAGCAACCUCUUCUUCAGGGUGGGCUUUGUGGUGGCCGAGAGAGUCCUGUACAUGCCUAGCAUGGGCUACUGCAUUCUCUUCGUGCAUGGACUGAACAAGCUCUGCGCUGGGCUGAGCCGGUGUGGAGCCACCUCCCUGAUGGCGUCUACUGUGUUGUUGCUACUGCUUUUUUCCUGGAAAACUGUGAAGCAGAAUGAAAUUUGGUUGUCAAGAGAGUCCUUAUUCAGGUCUGGAGUUCAGACUCUGCCCCACAAUGCAAAGGUUCAUUACAACUAUGCCAAUUUCCUAAAAGACCAAGGUCGGAACAAGGAAGCCAUCUACCACUACAGAACCGCCCUCAAGCUGUACCCACGCCAUGCAAGUGCGCUGAACAACCUUGGGACACUGACAAAGGACAUGGCAGAAGCAAAGAUGUACUACCAGAGGGCACUGCAGCUCCAUCCACAGCACAACCGUGCACUCUUCAAUCUGGGGAAUCUCCUGAAGUCCCAGGAGAAAACAGAAGAAGCCAUCAUGCUGCUGAAGGAAUCCAUUAAGUAUGGUCCAGAUUUUGCUGAUGCCUACUCGAGCUUGGCUUCUCUCCUGGCUGAGCAGGAAAGAUUUAAGGAAGCUGAGGACAUCUACCAGGCUGGAAUAAAGAACUGUCCAGACAGCUCAGAUUUACACAACAACUACGCAGUUUUCUUAGUUGACUCUGGCUCUCCAGAGAAGGCCGUGGCUCACUACCAGCAGGCCAUCCAGCUCAGCCCAAGCCAUCACGUGGCUGUGGUGAAUCUGGGCCGACUCUACAGGUCCUUGGGAGAAAACAGCAUGGCAGAAGAGUGGUACAAACGUGCCCUGAAGGUGGCCCGCACGGCUGAGGUCCUGUCACCUUUGGGAGCACUCUAUUACAACACUGGCCGACACAAGGAGGCUUUGGAAGUGUACCGGGAAGCUGUCUCACUCCAGCCUUCCCAGAGGGAUCUCCGCCUGGCACUGGCACAGGUUUUAGCAGUGAUGGGUCAGACCAAAGAAGCUGAAAAGAUGACCAGUCACAUAGUGUCCGAGGAACCCAGAUGCCUGGAAUGCUACCGCCUCCUAUCAGCAAUCUACAGCAAGCAGGAGCACCAUGAGAAGGCGCUCGAGGCUAUAGACAGGGCUCUUCAGCUGAAGCCCAGGGACCCAAAAGUCAUAUCUGAACUUUUCUUCACAAAAGGAAACCAGCUGAGAGAGCAGAACCUUCUGGAUAAAGCUUUUGAGAGCUAUGAGGCUGCUGUGACCCUGGAUCCUGACCAGGCACAGGCGUGGAUGAACAUGGGUGGCAUCCGGCACAUCCAGGGAAGCUAUGUGUCUGCAAGGGCCUAUUACGAGAGAGCCCUGAGGCUGGUUCCAGACAGCAAGCUGCUGAAGGAAAAUCUAGCCAAGCUGGAUCGCCUGGAGAGAAGGUUACAAGAAGUCCGAGAAAGGGAUCAAACAUAGCUCCGAGGACACAGUCACGUGGGACUCAGCAGGCUGGAAGAGGACAGAGUGAGGGCGGUCUUGCUUACACACAGCAGACUCUGCCAGCCAGGCAGUCCCCUCCUGGUGGGUGGCACAGCGAGACAGCUGCUGGGGACUGUGCUGAGUUGUUUCCAUGAAGGGACAAACAGCCAAGAUGAGCAGGCCACCUGUAGGGAAGGGAAAUAGCCUGUUACAGGUUCCUCUGUGUCAGUCCCUGGUCCCAGGAUGCAGACACUGAACUCCAUUCUUACUAUAGCCCAGAAACACAGAAGCUUGGAGUUCUGUAGAGGAGACAGCUGUUCAUAAGGAAGGAUGUGUCCUCUGAAGUCAGCUCUUGGGAAAGUCUACUUGUGGAAGUUCUAAUUCAUUCUCAAGAAUCCGGAAUGGGUGGUGAAGAGCAUUGGUAGAGUCUUGUGGAUGUCAUAGGAACAGGGCACUUGAUCGCUGGGCUUGGUCUAACAACUCCCAAGAGUAUCACUAAGGACCUUUGGAGAAGUACAUUAAAUUCCACUCUGAUAUAUGCUUUUCCAGUGCCUAAAACAUGAGGGGAUCUUCUAGAAUGGUAUGUGGGUAUCUUUAUUUCUACAGGAAAAAUCUCCCUGAGCAGUAAAAAAGAGCUGAGCAUCCUUGAUUCUUUAUGAAAAUGUUUGAAUUGUAUUCCAGAUUGUACUAGAGUUGUGUCUCCACGCUGAAACUUCUCAGUGCAUUAACCAGGAGACUCCUACUCUGAAAUAUGCUGCUCAGGUGAGGAGCGGCAGGGUGCACUCUGCAUGGAAGUGUUAAGGGAUCAGUCCAGAGAAGUGCUCUCCUUUAUUCUGGUAAGGUCAAGAUGUCGUAAGAUUUAUUAUUUUUGAAACAUUGAGGAACCUUUACAUUGUGUUACAGAAUUCCUCACAGAUUGAGUUAAGGGAAGAAAGCUCUAUUUAUUGACUUUUGAGUUUUAGUAGGAAUUCUGUACUUAAAAGACAAGUGACCAAAAGCAGACCGUCUGCUGAGUAAGUUUGCAGACUCCAUGGAGAAUGCUCUAAAACUCUCGGGUAAAGUCUAAAUUCAUAAUUUUUUAAAAAUAUAUUUAUAUUUAAAAAUGAGGAAGGCAAAGUUGAAAUCAUAAUUUGACAUUAUUUUUAGUGUUAUUUAUUGUAUAACUUAUAAAAUAUUUAAUAUAUAUCCACAUGUCUUGUUUUUUUUCUCUGUACAUAGUCAUUUUGAUAGCAGCUCUCAAAACCAAUCAUAUGAAAACUGCAAAAUAAGAAAGCUUUAACAGUCUCCCCAAAUAAUACUGGUUAUUUGCCACUUAAAGCUAAUGGAAUUAGGGGUAGCUCAGUGUCUGGGUAGUCAGUGAAGGAGCUGGAGUACCUGCUUCCUACUGGUACUUAUCAGUGGAAACAGAGACACAGGAAAUGCAGGUCCUGAUGCUGAGCCAGCUGUCGGACACACACGACAGCUGGAAAGCAAAGCGUCCACCUGCACAGCCAGAGGGAAAGCCCCCCUGCUUCUUGCAACCCAGCAUCAGGAUGCAGUGCCUCUGUAUGCUAUUUUCCUGCAAGUUGAAAUAAAUGGCUGAAAACUUAUUUGAAAAGACAUGCUGAAGCCAGGUGGUGGUGGCGCACGCCUUUAAUCCCACCACUUUGGAGGUAGAGGCAGGCUGAUCUCAAUGAGUUCAAGGCCAGCCUGAUCUACAGAGUGAGUUCCAGGACAGCCAGGGCUACACAGAGACCCCACCCCCCAAAAAGGGCAUUUGACCCAGUGCACACCUGCUUUUGGGGGCCAGUAUUUGUCACUGUCACCUGAUGUAUGUAAUUGUCUGUCAGUGUUACAUAUCAUAAAUUGAUCCAGAAUCUUAUUUUCUUCUUCCAUCUAAGACAUCUUUAGUACCAAGGUAAAAACUUUGUACUAUAAGUGUUUAUUAUAAAGUAAUUCCAAGCCCCUAAUUUGGAAAGCAGGGGUCCUUGGUCACAUCUUAGUACCACUUUGUAGAAUAGUAUUUACCAAAAUGGGUGCAUUAAAAACUAAUGGGACAGAUUGAAUUUCAAAGUUUGACAUAAUUCUGCCUUAUGUAAAGUGCUACAGAAGGUCUCCAUGUAAACUUGUUGGAAUAAUUAAAAAGGUAUUUACAACAUAGACGUUUCUAAGGAGAAAAGGCCACAUGGCGUCUAGAGACUGCUGCAUGGGGCCUCUCCUUUCUCAUUUGUCUGCCCACUCUGACAUCUCCCUGAGCAGUAAAAAUAAGCACUGUUUAAAAAGAGAAACAAAGUCAGCGUGCUUUUUGGCUCGGAUAUUGAAUGAGCCAAUGAGAGAGUUUCCAUGGUAGAUAUGUUGCCUGGGAGAAAAAUCAAUUACGAAGUGUGUUUUCAAAGCUGUUGAGUGUAUCUUGUAACAUGCUGUUUGGUUCUUGUGACGUGGACUAAUCCGUGGGAGUCAUCCUUAUUACAGUAGAAACAGAGAGAUCCUGGAUGUAAAAAUGCAUCUGAUUUGUCAUUAGCAGGCUUGUGCUUCAUGAGUGACUGGAGAGCUGUUUCUGAAAUCUAGGAGUAGAGCUAGCUUUGUGCACGAAAAUACUCUGCUGGCAAUUCUAACAUUGUCAUUGUCCUCAUCAUUGGUACUUAGAAUUGGACCCAGGACCUUGUACAUACCAGGAAGCACUCUCUCCCACUGAGCUCUAUUCUCAGCUAAAAUUAUUCUUAGGGUUUUGUUUUGUUUUAUUUUUUACAAGAGUCUAGUGUGUGUCUCAGAAUUCUGUAACAUGCCGUGGGUAGUAAGGAGGAGACAAAGAAUGAAUCAGGAAUUGCUUUGCCUGGGCUGAGCCCCCAGCAUGGAGUUUCUGGGGUUCUUUCCUCUGUUACACAUAGAGCCCUUCACAUCCCUGGAGCCCCUCCCCCACCAUUCGCUGUCAGGCCUGCCCAUCAUCGUCCCUAGACCAGUGCUUGUCAUGAAAUCCACCCGGUGGCAGUCCAUUCAUGUGCCCUUUGACAUAGUAGCUGCGGGAAUGGCUUUGGUGGCUUACUUCAAAUUUGGGGAUUAUUUAGUAAGGAUUUUUCAAAAAUGAUUCCGAUGUUUCAGGUUAUUAAUGUCCUUUAUAAAACCUGAUUUGGUGGUGGAACUCAGGGGGGAAGUGCUCUUUGAGGGGCUGGGGCCCUUGUUUGCUUUUGUGGUUCUGGCCUAGAACUCCAUGUGCCAGGCAAGCCCUCCCUCUGUCACUUGCUACCAGAGACAUCUCAGCCCCAGACAAAGCAAAGAGGUUUCUGGUCUUCAUCAGUAUGCAGGUUCUCUUCUGAAGUCUGCAGCAGAAUUUCAGAGGCCCUUUUCAGCUUUCAGCCAAGACUAAAUAAAAAAUUCCAAGCCGCACUGUAGAAUCCAACCUAAGGUGACUGAACCGAGGGAGAAAAGAAAGCAAAUGUCCCGUAUCUUGUGAUUGUUAGCAGAGAGUCUACAUCCUUCCGAUCACAAAGAGCAGGGGCCGGAGGGAGGCCUUCCCUCCUGUACAGGGCUCUCAGCACUGGCUGCCCUUAGAGAACAGCUAGGACUCCUCCAAACUCCCUAAGAUGAGCUUUCUGGUGCCAGCAAAGUCCUGCAGGGAUGACUGCUUUGAACAAGGCUCUCCACCAAGGAGAAGUGGCUAUUAUCAUGAAAUUUUUAUUUCUAGCUACUGGACUAAAAUGAGCCAAAGAAUUCUAAAGGCUGAGUCAUUGCCCCAUGGGUUGGUCAAGGCCAUUAUUCCUAGACUGACCAGCAGGUGGCUGAGUAGGGUGGCUUUAUGCUUGUGGUAACUGGACUACAAUUUGUCCUUCUAUUUAGAAAAUGCUUGGGUGUCAAAUAGAGAGGCACCACCUUGCCAUUUGCACACACCAGGCAAGAUGCCAAGGAUAAGAAAUAAACAAAAAACCUGAUAUCUUUUUACUCUUAGAAGGUAUCCAUGGCACAGUUUGUCUCUUUCUGCCUGGCACACAGACACUGGGGCUUUGUUAUUUAGUUCUUGAUUGCACUUACUAAAACCUGUUUUUGAUGAGCUGAAUGUAGUGGUGCACACCUUUAGUCCCAGCACUUGGGAAGCAGAGACAGGCAGAUCUUUGAGUUUGAGACCAGCCUAGUCUACAACAAAGCAAAUUCUAGGAUAGCCAAGGCUACACAGAGAGACCCUGUCUCAAAAAACCAAACCAAACAAACAAAAAAGCCCUCCUUUAAAAAAAAAAAAAAAAAGAAUCAUGGGCAAAACUGCCUGCUCUUGUCUGUGGUGGAUCCACCCAAGGGAAUACUAAACCUUUAGAUUAGUACUGACACCGAGAGCAUGUAGCUAUGGUAGAGGUAGGCUGUUUCUCUUUCUUGUUUUCAAAUCACACUUUUGAUUGUAGGCUGGCAUCAUCCAAAUACAGCAAAACCCAAGUAUCUAAAUGCCAUCCAUUUACAUUUAAAAAAUGUAAUGGCUGUCAAACCUUUCUUUCAGACUGCAGCUGUAUAAGCUAAGACUUUAGAAAACCAAAAACCAGUAUUGGAAAUAUUACAGUUCUUACCAUUGUUCUCAGUUUUCAUUGCAAAGCAUGUUGUAUAGUUCUGAAAACACUUCUAAUAUUUUUUGUUUCUGUGAGUUCUUUGUUCUGAGAUAGGAGAUAAAGUAACCAUAGUACAAAACAUGGCUUCAUAUUAGAGUGGGACCACAGGAUGGAUAAAAUAUCUGGAGCCAUCAAUUCGUUCAUAUUAAAAUAGUCAAUGUUCAUCACCAGGGCUCUUCCGAUUAAAACCAUCAGGGCAUGUAACUUAAAACAAAACAAAACAAAACAAAAACCUAGCACCUCAUAAUACACAGCCCUGGUCUGAGUGAAAACAUGGGUUGCCAGUCAUUCCUAACUGGAAAUGUCUGCAUGCAGAGGUCCGGGAUAUCACCUCCUUGUCAGGGGCAACUGUUUGUAUUUGUAGUGAGUCUGGAAGUUCCUGCUGUGCAUAUCCUUUAGCUGCUGGCCCGCCCAUUGUGGGGACACACUAGUUCAAGAUUAGUGCUUCCGAGUUCUAAUUCUAGUGUCACUCUAAGGAGUUACCUCACAAGGGCAGGUUAGUCCGAGUCUCAGUGGAGUUUGUCACCCAUGAAGCACUGCCCUGUCCAGUGUUUCCAGGAAUACCAUGAGCCUCCAAAAUGCAUUAAAAGGCACCAUUUAUCUGUGAAGAAAAUGAUCUUAUUCCUGACUGUUCUUACUAACAACCACAAGGAAACAUGCAGACCAACAACCUUGGGGAGACUAGGCUGCCUAAGUGUGUUAACAUGGUAGAAGUAACUCUUACUUUACAGUCGUGCUUAAAGUCCUUAUGGUGACCCUGUCAGUUUCCUGGGAGAAAAGAUAAUGUCUUCUCCUAGGGAACUGAGGUGUCUGUGGGAGCCAGGGGUAUGUGGAAGUUGCUGUGUUUGCUGUCAGGACUUUGUCCUUUGUUCCUACUGCUCAACGUUCCUGUUUUGGUUAUAUAUAAAUGUACACCUGUGUUAUUUUUGCUAUGCUGCUUAAAAUAUUUCUCUGUUUAAGUCUGACUGUAUACUUUGCCUAAGUCUUUCAAAAAUAAAAUUUAUGUAAAUGUCUAUUUUAUAUAAAACAUGGUACAAUAAGAAUUC